GCCGGUGGCGCGAGGUGAGGAGGCGACGGUGCUGCCCCGGCCGGGUCGCCGGGCUGAGGUCCCGCCGCCUGCCCCCCGACCUGCCCCGGCAGCCAUGUCGUCCGAGUCGAGCAAGAAGCGGAAGCCCAAGGUGAUCCGGAGUGACGGAGCCCCGUCGGAAGGGAAGCGGAGCCGAUCCGACGCCGAGCAGAACUCUGACUCUUGGCCUCCACAGGAAGGCAAGUACUACAGCGAGGAGGCCGAGGUGGACCUGCGGGACCCCGGCCGAGACUAUGAGCUGUACAAGUACACGUGCCAGGAGCUGCAGAGACUCAUGGCGGAGAUCCAGGACCUGAAGAGCAGGGGAGGCAAGGACGCGGCAGUUGAAAUCGAAGAUCGGAGGAUCCAGAGCUGUGUGCAUUUCAUGACUCUGAAGAAACUUAAUCGAUUGGCCCACAUCAGGUUGAAGAAGGGAAGAGACCAGACCCACGAGGCCAAGCAGAAGGUUGAUGCCUACCACCUGCAGCUGCAGAACCUGCUCUACGAAGUCAUGCACCUGCAGAAGGAGAUCACCAAGUGCCUGGAGUUCAAGUCGAAACAUGAAGAGAUUGACCUGGUCAGCUUGGAGGAGUUUUAUAAGGAGGCGCCUCCAGAUAUCAGCAAGGCUGAAGUCACCAUGGGAGACCCUCACCAGCAAACGCUGGCGCGCCUGGACUGGGAGCUGGAGCAGCGGAAACGGCUGGCAGAGAAGUACCGAGACAGCCUCUCCAACAAGGAGCAGAUCCUGAAGGAGAUUGAGGUGAAGAAGGAGUACCUGAGCAGCCUGCAGCCCCGCCUCAACAGCAUCAUGCAGGCCUCCCUCCCAGUGCAGGAGUACCUGUCCAUGCCGUUCGACCAGGCUCACAAGCAGUACGAGACGGCCAGACAUCUGCCACCUCCCCUCUAUGUCCUCUUUGUCCAGGCCACUGCCUAUGGCCAGGCCUGUGAUAAGACUCUGUCGGUGGCGAUUGAAGGCAGCGUGGAUGAAGCCAAGGCUUUGUUCAAGCCCCCUGAGGACUCGCAAGAUGACGAGAGCGAUUCCGAUGCAGAAGAGGAGCAGACCUCGAAACGCCGGCGACCCACUCUGGGGGUGCAGUUGGAUGACAAGCGCAAAGAGAUGCUGAAGCGACACCCGUUGUCUGUCGUGCUGGCCCUCAGGUGCAAAGAUGACAGUGUGCUCCAGCUGACUUUUUAUUACCUCAUGAACCUCAACAUUGUGACCGUGAAAGCCAAAGUGACUACCGCCAUGGAGCUGAUCACCCCCAUCAGCGCAGGGGACUUGCUGUCUCCAGACUCUGUCCUGAGCUGCCUGUACCCGGGGGAUCAUGGGAAGAAAACUCCAAACGCAGCCAAUCAGUACCAGUUCGAUAAAGUCGGCAUCCUGACUUUCAGAGACUACGUCCUUGAACUAGGUCACCCGUAUUUGUGGGUGCAGAAGCUGAGUGGCCUCCAUUUCCCCAAAGAGCAGCCCCAGCACACUGUCAUCGCCGAUCACUCGCUCAGUGCCAGCCACAUGGAGGCCACCAUGAAACUGCUCAAGGCCAGGGUGCAGUCCCGCUUGGCCCUGCACAAGCAGUUUGCAUCUCUGGAGCAUGGCAUUGUGCCAGUCUCCAGUGACUGCCAGUACCUCUACCCUGCGAAGGUCGUCUCUCGCCUGGUGAAGUGGGUGACCAUUGCCCCUGAAGACCACAUGGAGCUGCAUUUCACCAAAGACCUUGUGGAGGCCGGACUGGCUGGAGACCACAACCUCUACUACUUGGCGCUGGUGGAAAGGGGCACAGCCAAACUCCAGGCUGCUGUGGUUGUCAACCCUGGCUACCCCUCCAUCCCGCCCAUUUUCCAGUUGUGCCUGAACUGGAAAGGAGAGAAAACCAACAGCAACGAUGACAACAUUCGGGCCAUGGAGAGCGAGGUGAACGUGUGCUACAAGGAGCUGUGCGGGCCCCGGCCAGGCCACCAGCUGCUGACCAACCAGCUACAGCGGCUGUGCGUGCUGCUGGAUGUCUACCUGGAGACCGAGAGCCACGACGACAGCGUGGAGGGCCCCAGAGAGUUCCCCCAGGAGAAGAUGUGCCUGAGGCUCUUCAGGGGACCUACCCGGAUGAAGCCGUUUAAGUAUAACCAUCCUCAAGGGUUUUUCAGCCAUCGCUGACCUGUGACCUGUGACCGGAGCGCCUCCAGUGCCACACUUUGCUUUCCUACUCUGACACACCGCGCUCUCCGUAGCCUGGAUUGUUCGUUUCGUUUGUUUUUAUUCCCAAUUAAAGUGUUGUUUAACCCA